AUGACGAAAAUUAAAUAUGAACUUGUUCCAAGUGAGGAGCAAGAACCAAACGAAAUGAAAAAACCUUUAAAUUGUAUAGUGAAAAUAUUAUUUGUUGUCUUGGCGCUUUUUACCCUGGUCAUUUAUACCUUGAGCGGCGCAAAUAAUUCGCUGAAGAGCAAUGCAGAUCCAUUUUCCCCUUGGAAAUCCAUGAGACUCCCUCUGGGUUGGAUCAAUAAUCCUGGCGAUCUGUCGAGUCCUUUGGAUGCUAAGCAUAAAACUCGUAGUCUGAGUACGGUGAAACAGACAGAGUCUACCGAAGCAACCUAUAGUAAAGUAACAGGAACUGAGAGCACCACCGAGGAUCAAGCCGAGAUAACUACCAUAGCCCACACGGAUGAAGUCGUAGAAAGUAGCACUUCAUCACCAGCUAUUGGAGCACCAAAAACAGAGACUUUAUAUGCACUGGAAGAAAAUGGAAAGAAAUACUUCGUCAAUAGCCCGCAGUGCCAAAUGAGCCACCCAAAUCCCUUUGCCAGCAACAUCCAGCACAUCUACAAGAAACAUUCCUAUAUAGUGUGUGAUAAAAGUCGCGAUAUGAUCACAGUGAACUACAAUGUAACGGACAGCACGUACAGGCUGCACAAGAACGAAAACUCCAGCUGCUGCUUCAAGCAGAUCCUUCGAGCAGGAACUUCAGCCAAUGCGGAUCAUAAGUACAAGCUGGGUCCUUGCGUUGAAUUUCAGCAGGACUUCUUGGUGCCAACAGAAGUCAGCGCCAUGAUCACCUACUGCCGUCGGCCUCCAUUCGAUAAGGUGUCGCAAAAGGAUGCCUUCAGUUUUGUGCAUCCGCGGAAGGAUCAGAUCAAAAAUCCCACAACGCUGCAUAGAAGAAGGCCCAGCGUUUUGCUGUGGGGCAUUGAUUCCAUUUCCCGAAUGAAUCUUGAGCUUACGAUGCCCCGGAUGUUCGAGUACUUGAACAAUCAACAUUGGUUCGAGCUUCAGGGAUAUAAUAAGAUGGGCGACAAUACGUUUCCGAAUCUGAUGGCGGUUCUCACGGGAUUUAACAAGACCUACGCGAACGCACGUUGCCAUCCUGAAAAGGUGCGUGGCCUGGAUGCCUGUCCGUUUAUUUGGAAGGACUUCAAGGACAAGGGAUACACAACGGCCUUCGCCGAGGACUGGAGCAAGUUCUCCACGUUUGACUACUCUAGCAGGGGAUUCUUCAAUCCUCCGACGGACGUGUACGGCAGACCACUGGUCCUGGCCGUGGAGAAGGAGCUAACGACGUUUCAGCGGGGUCAGAUGCCCUACUGCUUGGGCCGCAAGCCGGCUUCCGAGUACAUCUAUGACAUGGGCGUGCAGUUCACCAUGGUCAACCGGAACAGCACCUUCUUCGGCAUGUUCUGGACCAACACAUUCAGCCACAACGACUUCUCUAUGCCCUCAGCCAUGGAUGAGAGGAUGGUGAAGUACAUGCGGACGUUGGACAAGAACGGCAUAAUGGAUAACACCAUCAUCAUCUUCUUCAGCGAUCAUGGAACCAGGUUUGGACCAUUGAGGAAUUUGGACAGCGGUUUCGUGGAAGAACGCUUGCCCUUCAUAUAUAUCCGUGUGCCGCGUUGGAUUCGUGAGAAGUACCCGAAGCUGCUGCGCAACCUACAGAUGAACAAGAAUCGCCUCACGUCGCCAUACGAUAUCCAUGCUACCCUGAGGCACAUCCUGGAGCUGGACACUCCCAAGGAUAAGCUACCUCGUCCCGAUGGCUGCUCCAGCUGUCACAGCGUUUUCGAGGAGGUGGACUGGUCGAGGAAUUGCUCACAGGCCGGGAUCGAGGAGCACUGGUGCGCGUGCAACAGCUUCUCCGAUGUGCCCACAACGGAUCCCAGCGCCAGGAGCAUGUCCACCCAGCUGGUGGAGGCCAUCAACAAGUAUGUGGCCAGCAAAAAAGGAACGGAACGAUGCAGCCGCUUGAAGCUAAACCGAAUAUCCUCAGUCCAGAGAAGAGGAAGCUCCAAUCGGUAUCUCAUCCAACUGAAGGCCCAGCCGGGUGAUGCCCUAUUCGAGGCCACCGUGGAUUGGGAUGCCAGUGCCCAAAGGAUUCCCGCUCAGAUGCCCAGCAUCAGUCGGUUGGACACGUACGCCGCAAAGUCAAGAUGCUCGUCGGUUAAGGAGACUAAAAAGUACUGCAUCUGCUGAGUUCCAACUGCAAACUCCGGACAACCGCAAGACCGCACAAAAAAGGACUCGCUACUGCAAUCUUUCGGAUCUCGGAGCCUUUGUUCUCCGGAGCAAUGGAAUCUUAUCACUGGGGUGGAUCUGUGGCCGGAUGGUUAGUUGCUGGCAACUACUACUUUUGGCAAACGUAAUUGCAGCUCGGCAAAUUGUGCGAAUGGAAAAUUAGUUGACAAUUACAUGACAAUUGGCAGAUACUCGGGUAAUUGUCGAGUGAUUAGAAAAAGAUACUGGCUCUAAUUAACCCAAAUCUUUGUAAAUAUUUUUUAAGCCAGUUGUAACAGCCGCUUACGCAAUAUAAGUUGUAUCUACAAUCCAAAUUAUUUCUGCACAGUUUGCUUUCUAUUAUGAGGAGGGAAAACGUUUAAUACAUAUUAAACAUAAAUGCAGACAAAGAACGAAUCCUAGAUAGUCUUAACAUAUGUACUUAUAUAUGUAUCGGGUAUUUCGAUUCGAUAAAAAAGUUAAAAAUUUAUCGCUUUAAGAGCGGCAGAGAGUUUGAACUUGAGAAAAUAGGCUAGUCUAAAACUAGGGGAAUAUAAUAUCUAGUUAGUCUACUUGGCACAGAAAAGUAUAGCCGACUAACUGAAAAUAUCACCUGGAAAACCUAUUCAAUCGAGAUUCCCACCUAGUAGUCAAUGAAUGACUAACAGUGGCAUGUGUUUUACCAAUUCGGUGGUUGUCAUAUGAUUUUUUGAAGACCUCCUAUCAUAAAUGAAGUAAGCUUCUAAAGAUUAGUGGUUUUUAAAGGUGCUACGAACGGGGAGUGAUGACUUUUUCAAAAACUUAUAACUUUAAUCGGUUGCAUUCAAUUUGUUACCCAUUUGUGGAUAGGAAUUUCUAUGCAUGGGGUAAACUAAGAGUUUCUAAAGUAAAUAUUAAGUUAAGUUAAUUUAAAUAAAUUCAAAAGAGGUUUGCAUAUGGAU